CGUCAUGUAAGGCUCUAGCAAACAUCCCGACGUUUUGCGUUUGGUGCCGUGCCGUUCGUCCGUGCGCGCGGCCAGGAUGACGACGCGAUAGUUAAAAGUCAAUUAACAGGCUUGGGGCAGCGCGUACGACAGCUGCUGCCAGGGGGGGGCACCGCCACACAUACUGGCCCGGGGCAGCCGCAGCCCUCACGAAGGCCAUGUUCAAGGCCCUCGUCUCGCGGGGCUCGAAGGCCCUGCAGCGUCUUGAUGAGAGACUGAACGACGAGGGCGAGGAGGACGCGUUUGAAGAGGGCUGGGGCGAGGAGGAGCGGAAAGCUCUCGAGCCCGUGUCCAUCGAUGAUGUGGACGUCGACGAUCGAGACGCGCUGCGGCGGCGCAUCAGCAAGCUGCAGGGCAUGGUCGUCUCGAUGGAGGAGGCCUUGGAGGCGGAGCGGACGUCGUCGCGCGACACGGCGCAGAAGCUGGGCCGCGCGCUGCAGGACGCCGCCACCGUCGACGGUUUGGUGGAUGAGUACGGCAAGCUCGCGUCGGAAGCCUCGCGGUUAUCCGAGCGCGACGCGCGGACCAUCGCGGAGCUCGCGGCGCAGCGCGACGCGCAGCAGACGCGUUUGGCGGUCUUCGAGCGGCAAUUAAAUGAUCAGGACGUCCAGUACGCGGCGGCGCCGUCCUCGGACUCGACCAAAACCUUCGCGGCGCUGCGGGCGGCCAAGGCGAAGAUUUUUGAGUUGGAGCUCGAACUCGUCGACGCGCGCAAGGGCGUCGAGAAUGGCGCGGCGGGGCGGUUGGCAUCGAUGGACGCGGCGCUCGCUGCUGUAAGUGUUGAUGCGGCGCGCGCGCGCCUCGAAUCCAAAACGGACCCCCGCCUCGCAUCUCGCGUAAAGGCGCUCGAGGCCGAGCUCGCCGCGCGGCCGGCUUCAUCAACACUCCGCGACGCCGAGGCGGCGGCGGAUGCACUACGGAGCGAACUGGACGUCCUACGACGGCGCGUUGCCGACGCGGAGCGCGACGCCGCGGCGCGGCCGGCGUCCUCAUUAUACCAGGACGCCGUCGCGGCGCGCGACGCCGCGCGGGCCGAGGCCGAUGCAUUGAGGACGAAGUGCGCGGCGGCCGAGGCCGACGCCGCGGCGCGGCCGAGCGCCGGCGCGCUGCGGGACGCGGCGGACGCGCGCGAUCGAGCAACGCGCGACGCGGCGGAUCUGAGGAGGCGCCUUGAUGAAUGCGAGGGCGACCUCAAGGGCUUGCGGAUACAUAAGGAGGACGCCGCGAAGGCCAGGGACGAGGCCGAGCGGAAGCUGCGGGAGCACGACGCGCGCGUGUUGCGGGCGGAGAAGUCGAUCAACGACCUCGAGGCGGCCGCGGACGCGCGCGUCGCCGCCGCCGAGCAGAAGAUACGGGAGUUGGAAGCAGAGAACGCGGCCCAGAUCGGGGACCGCGUGGCCGCGGCGAUAAGAGGAGAGCGGCUGAAGAUCGAGCGCGAGUUCCGGGACGAGCUCGCGGCGGCGCGCGCGCAAGUGAAGGCCGCGGAGCGCCUCGCGGACGAGGAGCGGGACAAGCGGCGCAAGCUCCACAACCGCGUCAUGGAGCUCCAGGGCAAUAUUCGAGUGAUGUGCCGCGCGCGGCCGCCGCGGGCCGGCGCGCCGUCGGCGCUUUUUCCGAGAGAGGGCUGCGUCAAAAUAAGGCAGCCGGAGUAUUGUGAUGACGCGGACUUCGAGUUCGACGCGGUCUUCGACCCGACGUCGUCGCAGAUUGAAGUGUUUGAUAGUGUCCGGGACCUCGUGACGUCGGCGCUCGACGGGUACUCGGUGUGCAUCUUCGCGUACGGCCAGACGGGGAGCGGGAAGACGUACACGAUGGAGGGCCCGGCCGACAAGCGGGGUGUUAAUGUAAGAGCCAUCGCGCGCGUGCUCGAGGCCGCGUCCAUGCGAAGUGACGGUGUCAGUUACGAACCGUUGGAAAUAAGCAUGCUGGAGAUCUACAACGAGCAGGUCCGCGACCUGUUGCGGCCGCCCGGCGCCGCCGCGGAGCGGCUCGAGGUCGCGACGGCGACGGGCGAGUCCGUCGUGAAGGGCCUCACGAAACAGUCCGUGUUCACGGCCGACGAGAUCGAGAAGUUGAUCGCGGCCGGCGCGCGGCACCGCGCCGCGGGCGCGCACGCCCUGAACAAGGACUCGUCGCGGUCCCACUCCAUCGUGACGCUGUACAUUCGCGGCACGACCGCCGCCGGCGACGCGCUCUCCUCAAAACUGCAUUUGGUCGACCUCGCGGGCUCGGAGCGCCUCGACAAGACGGGCGCCACGGGAGAUAGGUUGACCGAGGCCAAGGCCAUCAACAAGUCGUUGUCGGCUUUAGGGGAUGUCCUGACGGCGCUCGCCUCCCAAAGGCGCGGCCACGUGCCCUACCGCAAUUCGAAACUGACCUAUUUACUCCAGGACUCGCUGAGCGGCGACUCCAAGGCCCUCAUGUUCGUGAACGUGUCGACGGACGCCGACGACGUGCCCGAGACGCUCUGCAGCCUGCGGUUUGCCGCGCGGGCCCACGACGUGGCGCUGGGGCAGGCCAAGAAGAACGUGGCGCCGGCGCGCGCGGCCUCGCCCAUGGGCCGGCCGCCGCGGACGCCCGAGCGGCGGUAA